CAGUUCAGCAGAACUCGCCGCUUGUGCAAACUUGUGUUUUGCUUUCCUUGCUUUAUAUUUUAAUAAAAAAUUUCCAAAAAUAAUAACACCCAACAUUAUAAACCAUAACAAACUAAUUCACUGAUACACCAUUUCAUGGUGUAAUAAUUAAAAACAUGGCCAUGUACGAACAGGACUUUGACCAAUUUGACGAUGAGGAGACGGAGGAAAUCAGUUCUGAACUGUGGCAGGAGGCCUGCUGGAUCGUCAUCAAUGCGUAUUUCGACGAAAAGGGUCUCGUAAGACAGCAGCUGGACAGUUUUGAUGAGUUCAUUCAAAUGUCUGUUCAAAGGAUUGUUGAGGAUGCCCCUGCCAUUGAAUUACAAGCUGAGGCCCAGCAUACGAGUGGAGAGAUCGAAAUUCCUCCAAAGUUUCUUGUAAAAUUUGAACAGAUUUAUUUGUCUAAGCCAACACAUUGGGAGAAGGAUGGUGCUCCAUCACCUAUGAUGCCUAAUGAGGCCAGGUUGAGAAAUCUUACUUAUUCAGCCCCAUUGUACGUGGAUAUAACAAAAACUAUUAUAAAAGAGGGCGAGGAUCCUAUGGAAACUCAACAUCAAAAAACAUUCAUUGGAAAAAUCCCCAUUAUGCUUAGGUCAACAUAUUGUCUGCUUAAUGGACUAACAGAUCGUGAUUUAACAGAAUUGAAUGAAUGUCCUUUAGACCCUGGUGGUUACUUUAUUAUCAACGGAUCAGAAAAGGUACUAAUUGCCCAAGAAAAAAUGGCCACCAACACUGUAUAUGUAUUUGCCAUGAAAGAUGGUAAAUAUGCUUAUAAAGCUGAGAUAAGAUCUUGCAUGGAGCACAGCUCUAGACCAACUUCAACCCUCUGGGUCAACAUGAUGGCCAGAGGUGGACAAGCCAUCAAAAAAGCCGCUAUUGGCCAAAGAAUUAUAGCCAUUUUACCAUAUAUUAAACAAGAGAUCCCUAUUAUGAUAGUGUUCAGAGCUUUAGGGUUUGUGGCAGACAGAGACAUCUUGGAGCACAUUAUUUACGACUUUGAGGAUCCUGAAAUGAUGGAAAUGGUCAAACCCAGUUUGGAUGAGGCAUUUGUAAUACAGGAGCAGAAUGUGGCCCUGAAUUUCAUCGGUGCGAGGGGAGCCAGGCCUGGAGUUACUAAGGAGAGGCGUAUUAAGUAUGCCAGGGAAAUUUUACAAAAGGAAAUGUUGCCUCAUGUUGGUGUGUCUGAUUUUUGUGAAACCAAGAAGGCUUACUUUUUAGGAUAUAUGGUACAUCGUCUCUUACUUGCUGCACUGGGAAGAAGAGAACUGGACGACAGAGAUCACUAUGGGAAUAAAAGAUUGGACUUGGCAGGUCCUUUACUAGCUUUCCUAUUUAGAGGUUUAUUCAAGAAUCUAAUGAAAGAGGUCAGAAUGUAUGCUCAAAAGUUCAUCGACAAAGGCAAAGACUUUAACUUAGACUUGGCGAUUAAGACAAAACUUAUCACCGAUGGCUUGAGGUAUUCUUUGGCCACAGGCAACUGGGGAGAUCAGAAAAAGGCCCAUUUGGCCAGAGCUGGGGUAUCUCAGGUAUUAAACCGACUGACCUUCGCCUCGACCCUCUCCCAUUUACGUCGCGUAAACUCCCCCAUAGGACGCGACGGUAAACUGGCGAAACCCCGUCAAUUGCACAACACCCUGUGGGGCAUGAUCUGCCCCGCAGAAACACCGGAGGGGGCCGCCGUAGGUCUCGUGAAAAAUCUCGCCCUCAUGGCCUACAUCUCCGUCGGUUCUCAACCCUCGCCAAUCCUCGAGUUCUUGGAGGAAUGGUCCAUGGAGAACCUGGAGGAAAUCGCCCCGUCUGCUAUUGCAAACGCCACUAAAAUCUUCGUAAACGGUUGCUGGGUGGGCAUCCACAGGGAUCCGGAACAACUGAUGGCCACUUUAAGGAAAUUGAGACGUCAAAUGGACAUUAUUGUGUCCGAAGUGUCGAUGAUUCGGGACAUCCGAGACAGGGAGAUUAGAAUUUACACCGAUGCCGGCAGGAUUUGUCGUCCGUUGCUUAUCGUCGAAAACGGACAGCUGUUGCUGAAGAAAAAGCACAUUGACAAUUUAAAGGAGCGGGAGUAUAAUAAUUACGGUUGGCAGAUGUUGGUGGCCUCUGGUGUAGUGGAGUAUAUCGACACCCUGGAGGAGGAAACUGUCAUGAUUGCUAUGUCCCCUGACGAUUUGAGGCAGGAGAAGGAGUACGCUUAUUGCACCACUUAUACGCAUUGCGAAAUUCAUCCGGCGAUGAUUUUGGGGGUGUGCGCCUCGAUUAUUCCGUUCCCUGAUCACAACCAGAGCCCCAGGAACACUUAUCAAAGUGCCAUGGGUAAACAGGCUAUGGGUGUUUAUAUCACAAACUUCCACGUGCGGAUGGACACUUUGGCCCACGUCCUUUACUACCCGCAUAAACCUUUGGUAACAACCAGAUCAAUGGAAUAUCUACGGUUCAGAGAAUUACCGGCGGGAAUUAACAGUAUAGUGGCCAUCGCCUGUUAUACCGGAUACAACCAAGAAGACUCCGUCAUCCUGAACGCUUCUGCAGUCGAAAGGGGGUUCUUCCGGUCGGUGUUUUAUCGUUCCUACAAGGAUGCCGAGUCGAAAAAGAUCGGAGAUCAAGAGGAACAGUUCGAGAAACCCAACAGGCAGACCUGCCAGGGCAUGCGGAACGCUUUGUACGAUAAACUGGACGAUGACGGUAUUAUUUCGCCCGGUAUAAGAGUGUCCGGUGACGAUGUCGUUAUUGGAAAAACCAUGUUAUUGCCCGAAAACGAUGACGAGCUGGACGGUACGACAAAAAGAUACACAAAAAGGGACGCCUCGACGUUCUUACGUAACAGUGAAACCGGGGUGGUGGAUCAGGUGAUGUUGACCCUAAACUCGGAGGGUUAUAAGUUCUGUAAAAUCAGGGUGCGAUCAGUGAGAAUCCCACAAAUCGGGGACAAAUUCGCCUCCAGGCACGGGCAAAAGGGUACUUGCGGAAUCCAGUACAGACAAGAGGAUAUGCCGUUCACUUGUGAAGGAAUCACGCCCGAUAUUAUAAUUAAUCCCCACGCCAUCCCGUCUCGUAUGACGAUUGGUCACUUGAUCGAGUGCAUCCAGGGAAAAGUGUCCUCGAAUAAGGGAGAAAUCGGCGACGCCACCCCCUUUAACGAUGCGGUGAAUGUGCAAAAGAUUUCGACACUGUUACAGGAGUAUGGAUACCAGUUAAGAGGAAAUGAGGUUAUGUUCAACGGUCACACCGGCCGCAAAAUAAACGCGCAAAUCUUCUUGGGCCCCACUUACUAUCAGCGUCUCAAGCACAUGGUGGACGACAAAAUCCAUUCGAGGGCCCGCGGUCCCGUCCAGAUCCUCGUCCGGCAACCGAUGGAGGGCAGAGCGAGGGACGGCGGUUUACGUUUCGGCGAAAUGGAACGCGAUUGUCAAAUAUCGCACGGGGCUGCCCAGUUUUUGCGCGAGAGAUUGUUCGAAGUGUCGGAUCCGUACAGGGUGCACGUGUGCAACUUUUGCGGUUUGAUCGCCAUCGCGAAUAUGCGAAAUAACACGUUCGAGUGUAAGGGUUGCAAAAAUAAAACGCAGAUUUCGCAGGUGAGGUUGCCGUAUGCGGCCAAGUUGCUGUUCCAGGAGCUUAUGUCGAUGAACAUCGCUCCUAGGUUGAUGGUACUUUAAUUGUUUUUUAGGCUAGGUAUUGUAUUUUAUUACUUAUAUCAUGUAAUACAGUAAUAAAUAAUGAUUAAGUUA